AUGAGUGCAGUCACCUCAAUAGCCAACGUACAUACAAAAUGCAACCUCGCCCAAAGCAUUCAAAACGUUAUCCACUCAACCGUCAAAUCCAUCAAACUCAUGUGGGUUCCAUCUUACAUUGGCAUCCCUGGCAAUGAACUCGCCGACGAACUGGCGAUGAAAGCGGCUAGUUCCCCGGACACUAAAAUAUACCCGCAUGUAACAUACGACGAUGCAAUCCGAGCCCUCAAAUCGAAAUUUUAUAGUCUCAGGCAGAAUCAAUGGCAAAAUCAAACCAAUCAAAACAAUAAAUUUAGACAAAUAAAACCAUCAACUAUAAAAUGGCCGGACCCACCUGUCAAGCUUACACGACAUGAAGAGACCAUGGUUACCAGAGUACGUAUUGGACAUACUAGAAUCACACACUCCUACCUUAUGCGUAAGGAGCUCAAACCCAUGUGCGAAACAUGCUACAGUGAACUCACCGUUCAUCACAUAUUCUUAGAAUGUCCCAUUUACCAAAACGCCAGAACAAAAGCGAACAUAAACACCACCUCACUAAAAGACGCACUCGGACCAGGACAAGAAAAAAACAUUACAAACUUCAUCAAGAUGGCCGACCUCACCACGAACAUAUAA